AUGAAUAAAAAGAGGAUUAAUUAUAAAUCAGUCAAGUUACCCAUUGAUGUGAAGUCUUUGAUCGAGGAUUCUAACGAUGAGUCGCUUGAUGUGAUCAAGAUGUACAAGAACAAGAAAUUUUUACCUCAUAAUAGAAGAAUCAGUAACAUUGCCUGGAGAAUUUAUAAUAAGAAAUUAACGAAUCAUAGAUCAAGUCAUUCAAAUGAUAUGAAAGGUAUUAUUAACAACAAUACUCGAGUAUUCAAUCAGAAUAUGAAUGGAGGUGUUGAUAUACCAAGUAAUGUGAAUAAUAAUAUCGGAGGUCCGGGUGAGAUAGGAGAAUUCACUGAUUUAGAACUUGAUAAUGAUCCAAAUUUAGAUGAAUUUGAUUAUGUAGCUCAUAUAAGAAGAAUCAGUCAACAAGGAGAUUUCCCAUUAAAUCAAAGUCCCGAUUCUAUAACAUCCAAUCAGAAACCAAAGAACUUUCUUUCAAGUUAUAUCAAUUCCCUUGAAAAUUCAUUGAAAAAUGACUAUAAAGUCAAUAAUUAUCAAUCAAUAACUCCACCAAAAUCCAUAACUUCCAAAUCUAUACCGAAUGGCAAUGCUAUGAAUGGACAAAACAAUAAUAGUAACAUGAGUAAUAACAUCAGUAAUAAUAAUAGUCACAAUACUAAUAAUGAUAAUGACAUUCUUAAUGGAAAUGCAUUCAAUGUAAAUGCAAAAAUAUCCCCAGAAAUAUAUCAAGGUAAUAUGAUUAAUGAAGUUCCAACUAAUAUAGAUAAGAAGUUCUUACAAUGUUCAAAUUGUCAAACUAAAACCACACCUUUAUGGAGGAAAUCCAAUAAUGGAGAUUUAUUAUGUAAUGCCUGUGGAUUAUUUUAUAAAUUACAUGGAGUUUUAAGACCUUUAAAUAAUAAAGUAGAGAAGAAUAUUAAAACCCAACAUUCUAAUGAUAAUAUGAUAAUGAAUAAUAAUAUUAAUUUGUUCAAUAACCUUUCAGAGAAUGAUGAAAUAGAUAAUUUAUUGAACUUAAAUUUAUUCAAAAGUGAUGCCCCGUUCAAUAAUUUUGAAAAUGAUGUGAAGAAAGAUUUUGAAUUUAAGAGUAUGAUAGGUGAUGAAAUAUUGGAUGAAAAACAGUGGAACUGGUUAGAUUUUGGUCCUGCCAAUUGA